GCUCGCCUCGUCGCCCCUACUACAGUACAACAAUUCUCUUUCCCCCCAGACUGCUCUUCCACGUCGGACGUGCCUACCUUCUGCCGACGCGCAUGUCACACCGUGCGCCGCCUUCUGCUCCUCUUCCAUCGCGCGAAUUCCCCCUCGCCGCGCAUUCCCCCACCGCUCCCGACACCCGUACGCGGAAAAAGCUUUCCCGCCCGCCACUGGCAUGCCGUGUCCCCGCCGCCUUGCGCGUCACUCGCUGCGCUUGCCGCAAAUGCCGUCUGUGACACCGUCCCCUCCGCCCCACCGCACCAGGCGGAGCCAUUCUCCCCCGCACCGUGUAUCGCGCCAUCGUGGGAGGAGCGUGGCGCUGCAAUGCCCUCCUGCCAUCGCCCUUCUCUUCUACUGUGUCCUCGUGCCUGCUAGCUUGCCUGGUCGCGCCGCUGCUGUCUCCGCCGUGGCUCAAACCAUCGCCGACUCGCAAGCGGCGGUGUUGGAGGAGUGCGUGUUGGCGUGGGGCGCGCAGAGUCUGGAGGGGUGGCGCGUGGGGAGCAACUGCAGCGCCGAUGGGGUGUGGCUGCAGUGCGAUGGCGCGGGCAUGGUCACCGCCAUCAACCUGGGGUCCCUGGGGACGGGCAGGAAGCUAGCGGGGUCCAUUCCUGCUGCACUGGGAUCGCUGAGCAACCUCGAAUUCCUGAGUCUGAGUGCCAACAACCUGUCCAACAUCAUUCCGCCAGCUCUCGGCAACCUCACUGCUCUCUCCCAUCUGGAUUUGAGCUAUAACCAACUGGUGGGGCCCAUUCCUAGUGCCAUCGCCAACCUUGCCAACCUGCGCAUUCUGUUUCUCAGUGGCAACAACCUUGCAGGGCCCAUCCCUCCUGCAAUUGGCACCCUCACAUCGCUCACUGAACUCAUGUUGCACAACAACCAGCUGCAGGGCCGCAUACCAGCUGCCCUCACCAACCUCGUGCACCUUGCCACCCUUGCCCUGAACGAGAAUCUGCUGUGGGGCUCCAUCCCAUCGUCCAUCGGCCAGCUCAGCAACCUCACCAUGCUCAACCUGAGGGAGAACGAGCUGGAUGGUGCCAUCCCCAGCUCCAUAUGGACCCUGCCCCACCUCCAGUGCCUGCUUCUUAGCGGCAACAGCCUCGCCGGGUCCAUCCCAAAUGCUAUCUCCAACCUCUCCGCGCUCUCUCAACUGCAGCUGGAGAGCAACCGUGUGAGUGGCUCAGUGCCGGAGUCCCUGGGGGCCAUGACAGCGCUGGCAGACAUCUUCCUCGGCGGCAACAUGCUGUCAGGCUGCAUUCCUGCAUCCAUCUUCGCUCUCAAGUCCCUCGCGCAUCUCUCGCUGCAGGGCAACCAGCUGUCUGGCUCCAUACCUUGGUCCACCGCCCCUCUCACGGCUCUCACACACCUUGAGCUGGGCGGCAACAACUUCACAGGGCCUCUCCCAGACGCCAUCACCAAUCUUGCACAACUCGUGCAUAUCGACCUGAGCUACAACAGUCUCUCGGGCUCUUUCCCUGAUGGAAUCACCAACCUCACUGCUCUCGCCUUCCUGUCCCUUGAGAAAAACAACUUCUCCGGCGCCAUUCCCCCGGCUCUCUCGCGACUCGCCAACCUCGCGGAGCUGUACCUGAGCAGCAACCUUCUCUCGGGCUCCAUCCCAGACUCCAUCACCGCUCUCUCCAGCCUUGUCUAUGUCACCUUGGGCUACAACAGUCUGUCGAGCAGCAUCCCAUCAGGCAUUGGACAGCUGGCGUCGCUGUCACAACUCUCGCUGCGCCACAACCAGCUCACGGGCCCCAUCCCCCCGUCCAUCGGCCAGCUCACACAACUCUCUGAACUGUACCUUGAUUCCAACUUUCUGUCCGGCUCCAUCCCCGAUUCCAUCACCAACCUCUCCCUCCUUGUCGCACUGUACCUGGACUCCAACCUGCUGUCUGGCCCCAUCCCUCCUGCCGUCGGCAGCAUUCGGCCCCUCUUGGACCUAUCCCUCAGCUACAACCAUCUGAAUGGCUCCAUCCCCGACUCCAUCAGCAACCUCUCCACGCUCGUGCUGCUGCACCUGGCCAACAAUUCUCUCUCCGGCUCCCUGCCCACCUCCCUCAAGAUGCUCCCUCGCCUCCUCGAACUUGAGGUGCACCACAACAACAUCUCGGGCAUCCUACCCAAUGCGCUUGGCGGCCUUGCCAACCUCGUAGUGCUCAACCUGGGGUACAACCAGCUGACGGGCUCCAUUCCAACAGUCAUUGGCAAACUCACUGACCUCAUGAACAUCUCGCUGAAUUGGAACCAUCUGUCGAGCCCUCUCGCCCCGGAGCUCUUCACCCUUCCCAAGCUGCAACGCCUCGAUGUGAGCCACAAUCUGCUCUCGGACUCCAUUCCCGCCAACAUUAGCAACCUCGUCAACCUCCAAUACCUGGAUCUGUCAGCCAAUGGGCUCUCAGGCGGUAUUCCAUCGACCCUGGGCAAUCUAGCUCUGCUCAAGAACAUUGACCUGCGCACCAACAACCUGCAGUCAUCCAUCCCUGCCACACUCGGCAACCUCAUGGACCUCACAGCCUUGUCGGUGGACCAUCCCGAGGUGUACUGUCUGUCGGGCGAUGUGUACUGCGAGGUGCCUCAGAGCCAGGACUCCCUCUUCUGCCGCAAGUGCUCCUCCUUCUGCACCUCCUGCCUCCCCGGCAUGCCACCCGCGGACAGCCCAGCCCAGCCAUACCCACCACCCACCUCCUCACCACCGCCACCAGCAGCAGCACCGUCCCAGCAGAUGUCUGGCGGGGCGAUUGCAGGCAUUGUAAUUCUGUCCUUGGCGGCCCUCUGCUUCCUGCUGGCCCUCCUCAUUGUGUACAGCAGACGACACAAGUCGUCCUCACAUGAGACGGACCCGUUAUCAGCAACUGCUCUUGAGAUCAGUGCUGUGGGCUCUGACCGGCGCGAGUAUGAGAGAUUCAACGCCACCUCAAGGCAAAUCUCCAAUGGUCGCUCAGCAGAGACGUUGCAGUAACCUGCCAACGUGCACACUGGAUUCAACCUUGCCCACUCCCUUCCCUGGUGCUCAUUUGUGGAUACCCAGACCAGAACAAAUGCUAGUGCGAGGAGCCCAAUGGUGUAGGUAGGCUGUGACUGACGUUGGGCAAUAAAUCAUCAUCAUCAUGCCAAGAGGAGCAGCUGUACGUGGUACCUGGAACACAGCCCCAGGAGGGCCGAUACAAGA